CUUGUUUAUUCUGUGAUUCCCUUCUCUUUCAUUUCCUAGUUGCCAGAGGACCAGGUUCUCAGCCCCUCCCGAUCCUUCCUGUCCUGCCUGUGAGUCUUCGAAGCUUUUGGAAACGUAAAACUCUGGACAGAGGACAGUGUCAGGACUGUGCUAGGACUGCCUGCACCAGGAUUUCACUUUUCUGAUAAGCAUGUGUGUUCAUUCUGCACGUGGUUGUACAUUUUAAGUCAGGGAGAUUUUUUCUGUGACACAGGGAUUCUGCACCAGGCACCGCACUGCAACAGCAUCACCAAUGAAACUGCUUCCAUUCCUAGUUCUUUUUGCCAGUCUGCUGGACUAUGGCUGCACUACUGUAAGCUGCAACAUGGUAUGCCACAAGGAUGCCAGAUGUGAAGUUCGGGAUGGGAUAACAGGCUGCUAUUGCACCCAAGGAUAUACAGGAAAUGGCGUAGAAUCCUGUUAUGACGAUAAUGAAUGUGAGAAUGCCACUCAACCUUGUGGAGAGCACGCCAAUUGCACAAACACGGUGGGAAGUUAUUACUGUAUGUGUGUGCCUGGUUUCAAAUCCAGCAAUGGUCAACAAACUUUUGUACCUAAUGAUGGAACCUCCUGUGUGGAUGUAGAUGAGUGCAGCAAUGAAGGAACUGUUGCCUGUGGAGAUCAUGCAAAAUGUGAGAACGUGGAUGGAGGGUUUAACUGCUCCUGUAAGGAAGGUUAUCAACCAUCCACAGGAAAAUUGCAGUUUAAGCCAAAUGAUGGCACUUCCUGCCAAGAAAACCCGAAGGCCAAGUGUGAGUUAUUCAAAGACUGUAUAACUGAACAUAUUAAUAGAACUUUAGAUGCAAUCAGUCAUUUAAAAUCACCCCUGGAGAUGCUGCAAGAAAUUAACAAAAACACUUUGGGGCCACUUUUACCCAUAGAUGUGAUUUCAUAUGUUGAAGCACUGUCUUAUUCAUCAUUGAAUACCAUGCACUACUCUGUUUCUGACAAUGAAGGUCUUCGUAAUACAACAAUUAACGCUUUGGUUAACACUGUGAACAAUUUUUUUCAAAAAGACAAAAUUAGAGUAUGGGAAGCUCUUCCUGUAGAUAACCAAAGAAGGAGCCUGACUAAGCUGCUGCAUUCUACAGAACAAGCGGUGCUUCUCAUGUCAAAGAACUUCAAAAAGACAACACAGCUAGAUGCUAAUGCAAGUGACAUAGCACUCAAGGUUUUUGCUUUUGAUUCACACCACAUGAAACACAUUCACCCUCAUGUACACACAGAGGGAGAUUACAUAAAGAUCUCGCCAAAGAAGAGAGACGAAUAUCAUCCUAAUGGCACCGUUGCAGUUGUCUUUCUGAGGUAUAGCAAUAUUGGUUCUCUGCUUUCAUCACCUAAAAACCACUCUUCAAAAGAUACUUCAGAGCAGAGACAGACAGUAAGCUCAUCAGUUAUAGCUGUUGCAAUUAGCUCAAAUCCACCUACGCUCUAUGAGCUUGAGAAAAUAACAUUUACUUUGAAGUAUGCCAAGACUGCAGAUAAAGAUAUUAAAUGUGCAUUUUGGAACUACUCAGCAGACUCAAUGAUUGGGAACUGGGCUACACAAGGCUGUGAGCUGACACAUUCCAACUCCACUCAUAUCUCAUGCAAAUGUAAUCAUCUGACUCAUUUUGCUGUUCUGAUGUCCUCAGGUGGCUCUGUUGGUGUUGCAAAUUAUAACAUUCUUACAAGAAUCACUCAGCUAGGAAUAAUUAUUUCGUUGAUUUGCCUCUCCAUGUGCAUUUUUACAUUCUGGUUCUUCAGUGAAAUUCAAAGCACUAGAACAACAAUUCACAAAAACCUCUGCUGCAGCCUUUUCCUGGCAGAACUUAUUUUUUUGAUUGGAAUUAAUAUGAACAAUAAUAAGCUCUUCUGCUCGAUUACUGCUGGACUACUCCAUUAUUUCCUUCUAGCUGCUUUUGCAUGGAUGUGCAUUGAAGGUAUUCACCUCUAUCUUAUAGUUGUGGGAGUCAUCUAUAACAAGGGUUUCUUGCACAAGAAUUUCUAUGUCUUUGGUUACAUCAGUCCAGCUGUGGUUGUUGGAAUCUCUGCCGCAUUGGGAUACAAGUACUACGGCACUACAGAAGUAUGUUGGCUCAGCACAAAGAAUAACUUUAUAUGGAGUUUUAUAGGACCAGCAUGUCUAAUAAUUCUUGUUAAUUUGUUGGCUUUUGGAGUGAUUAUUUAUAAAGUAUUUCGACACACUGCAAUGCUAAAGCCAGAAGUUAGCUGUUAUGAAAAUAUAAGAUCCUGUGCCAGAGGUGCUCUUGCUUUGCUCUUCCUCCUUGGGGCUACCUGGAUAUUUGGGGUUCUUCAUGUUGUCCAGGGAUCCGUGGUCACUGCAUAUCUUUUUACAAUCUUCAAUGCAUUCCAGGGGAUGUUCAUCUUCAUAUUUCUUUGUGUAUUGUCUAGGAAGAUCCAGGAAGAGUAUUACAGGUUGUUCAAAAAUGUUCCCUGCUGUUUUGGCUGCUUGAGAUAAGCGGAAAGAAACCACGCAUCACCAUCUCAGUGGAAGAAGGGAGCAACAAAGAUGAUUUUGUUGUGGAUAUUACAGGAAAAAAAAUGUGGUCUUGCAAAAGUAUGAAAUGACCCAGUGAGCAGACAUGUCUCUUAAUUGAACUACUGACUGGUUUUGUGCAUAUGUGUGCAUUCAUGCAGAGCAUUCAUAUUAUGCUGUAUACAAACAGUACACAGAACAACCCAGAUUACUGCAAAAUAAAUAUUAACAAAGACUAGGGAAUUUCUAAAGAAGCUCAAGACAAUUCAGAAGUUAGAUUUUGGUUUUAAUAUUAGAAGUAUCUGCAGUUCUUGAAAGCAUGAUACCAAAACCCAAGCGGCACAGCAGAUCCUAUGAAUUGCUUUGCUAGUGGCAACACGUUCACUGUCUUUUUCUAAUAAUGACCUUCUUACACUAAGUUAUAUAUGGCCAUCUGCAGGGAAUGGGUUCCAUUAAAGAGUCAAUUGAUAAAGAUCUGCUCUAGCCCUGACUUUUGAAAACAUUUCUUUUAAUUUAAAGUAGAUUUUAAAAGGAAUUUGUUUAAUAUUAUUCUCUUAUCACUCUGAAAUAUGUAUUUGUAUAUUAAUCAAUUCUUUAUUUUUGUAACUUUAAAAGAACUGUUUAAAUCUAAAAAGCUGAGGUCAAAUCUGAUACAAGAACAGUGGGACAGCAAUUUUAUAAGUGAAAGAUUAUUUUGUGAAUACUUGGGGGGGAAAAAGUAUGGAUCUUGUUUUAUUUAAUUGCCAAAAAGACUGAGAUCUGCUAAACUGGCACUAUGAUUUUGUAGGCUGUGGGAAGAAGAUGCUUUCACAACUUCGUCACUUGAUAGAGAGAUUUGGAAUCCAGACCUUGUAAAAGUGGUAGAAAUCACCCCUGCAGAACAAUACAGAUUUAAAUUCAAGGUCAUAUGCCUCAAUACCACAUAAAAUUGUAAUUACAGUAGUUUUCUCUACUCAUAGCAUCUUUGAGUCAAGCAAUUGUCUUCCUUUGAAGCUUCUGGUUUUGAAACACUUAUCCUGUGUUUAACUGUGGGAGCUUGCAUCUGCUGAAAUCAAAGGGAGCAUUUGAGGUACAGGUUUAUUGGAUCAGGACAUAAACACAAUGCAUCAGCAGUUCCACUUGUGACACCUUACUUUUAAAAUUAGUAUGCUUUAAUUUCACCCUUUUAGCCCCUAGCUUAUAUGAAGUGCUGAGCAAUCCUCAGUCCACAUGGCCUUCUCAGGAAGUGUCUCAGAUCUCAGAUGAAGCCCAGUAUUUUUACCAGUAAGACAUUGUAAAUAUGUAGUUGUUAAUAACUCCCAUUGCUGUGGUGUCUGUUAAAAUAAAGCACUACUCUAAAUUUUAUUUAUAUUGAAGGAAACAUUUUUGUAGGUCAUAGUCUGAGUUGUUUAUCUUUUUCUCCACAAACACAAGGCCUUCAUUGUAUGCAUGGCAGCAGCAUGCUUCAUAUGAGUAUAUUCUAUGUCUGUGAAAAUGUUGG